AAUCUACGGGGAGUUUUUUCCCUAUGAAACUGAGCCAAAAGUGUUAUAUAGUAUCUAAAUAUGGAAGUGUUGUACAUGUUAAACGUGAUCGUCAUUGCAUUACUUUCACUAUUUUACUACUGAAAUAAAGAUAUACCGAUUUUUUUGUAGAUUGGAAAAUCCUCCUUGUGAUCAUGAAAAGGAGCAAAAACUGGAAAACGAGAAAGAACUGGAAAACGAGAAGGAACUGGAAAAGAAGCGAGAACCGGAAAAGAUGCAAAAACUGGAAAAGAAUCAAAAACUGAAUAAAAAGGAAGAACAGGAAAAGAAGGAGAAACUGGAAAAGAAGCAAGAACUCAAAAACAAGAGAAAACUGGAAUUGACACAAAAACUAGAAAAGAAGCAAGAACUGAAAAAGAAACAAAAGCUGGAAGAGAUACAAAAACUAGAAAAGAAGCAGGAACAGGAAAAGAUACAAGAAUUAGAACAGAAGCAAGAACUGAAAAAGAAGCAAAAAUUGGAAAAGAAGCAAGAAAUGAAAAUGAAACAAGAGCAGAAAAAGAAGCAAAAACUGGAAAAGAAGGAAGAACUGAAAAACAAACAAAAACUGGAAAAGCAACAGAAACUAGAAAAGAAGAAAGAACUGGAAAAGAAGCAAUUACUGGAAUGGAUUCAAAAACUAGAAAAGAAAGAAGAACUGAAAAAGAAGAAAAUACGGGAAGGAAUACAAAAACUAGAAAAGAAAGAAGAACUGAAAAUGGAGAAACAUAUUGAAGAGAUGCUAAAACAAGCACACAAAAAUGAACUGGAAAGGCAAAAGUUGAGGGAAAAAUUGCAAAAACCAAAAAAGAGAGACCUGAAAAUGAAGAAGGAACUGGAAAAAAUGCAAAAACUGGAAAAGAAGCAAGAGCCGGAAAAGAUGCCAGAAAUGGAAAAUAUAGAGGAGUCUGAAAAGACGCAAUACCUGGAAAAGAAGCAAAAAACGGAAAAGAUUCCAAAUCUGAAAGACAAGCUGGAACCGGAAAAGAACUGUCAAACCCGAAAAGGAAACCGGUUGAACUGCGAAAAGAGCCAGAACUGGAUCCGACUGUAGAACGAUUGAUUUAAUGACCAAACGAAGCAAGACCCGGAAAAGAAAAAUAGAACAAAUAAAUCAUAUACCUGCUUCAUUUUACCAAAAUUUAUUAUCAACAACAUUUUUAUUAUCAAGAACUUUAUGGUAUUCUUAGUAUAUGGACGGCAUUUGAUAAUAUUUUGCUCGGUAAGUGUAACUACUGAUAUAUUAUUAGCUAGUAAUUAGUCAUGCUAACUUUAAGAUACCAGUAUUAUUUUAGCAGCAACUAAGUACACUCUUUCGUAGUUCAGAUCUAUGUUUUCAGUGCCUUUCAUGGCUGCGAGGUCUUCCGGUUUUACCUGGAAAGUCACAGUUUAUUGACUUUUUUAACACAUAGCUUUACACAUGACAAUAUUUUUCAACAAUAAAUUUAUGUUGUGCUACUGGCUUUAAAUUGUGCAAAUAAAUAUUGCACGGCAUAUCUUUCAUAAUUGAACUCAUGAAAUUAAUUUAUACAAAUUUCAUUUUAAAAUUUGUUUGACCCUGAGCUGUCUUAUCCAACUGCAGAUAUUCAUAGAACUUUAUAUCAAGGUUCAAAGAAACGUUCAAAAAGGAAUGUUUAUCCACUUUUAAUUAUGUGUUAAUCAGCAUGAUUUGCAUUACUAAGAUUGUAAUUCUAAA